CGCCCCGGUUCCGUGCUCUGUACUUCCUGUUGCUGAGAGGCCAGGGUUACUGAUUAUAUGAUACCAAUAAUCCUGGGCCUGGUAGCCAAUGUCUCCAGCUUUUCCUGAGGUCAUGAUGAGAGGUUGAACCCGGCACUCUGCCCUCCGUAUCCUGCCUGUCAACUUUCGUUUGUACACCAUGUCCGGGUACAACUCCCAAAAUGGGGGAUCUGGGCCGCCCUACAGCAACGGUCCAGUUCAGAAUCCAUUGAUUUACGCAUCACAGCCCCCUGCAGGGCAAGGAUACAAUUCUUUAGUCCCUGGCUCUUAUCCUCCGCAAAUGCCAGCUAAAGCUCCUGCACAUACAGGCCCCGGACUGUAUAACUAUGGUGGUCCACAGAGUGCUUCACAAAUGGGACAUUUUCAGGGAUUGGGCCAGGCUCUUAGACCACCCAUGGGACCUACAAUGGUAGCAAAUCCUCCGUAUACAGGUUCUGUUUCCAGGAUGCCACCACCUCCUCAGAACUCAACUGCUGUUUCAACUACUGUUGGUGGCAACUUAUCUGGGGGCAAUCAUCCUCCUCAGACAAACUGGCAAUAUUUACCAACCCCCUUAAGUCACACACAUCCUCAGGCAAAUAAUGUGGCCUCUACAGCAGGGACAUUACCUGGACAACCAUCAUCACUAGCAAAUUCCAAGCCACCAAGUACUCAGCAAUAUGUGGCUUCUUUUGGAGGUCCUCCAUUACAAAACAGUUACGCGAGUUCAGGUCCUGCUCCCCCACCCAUCAAUCAGUCUCAGCCAGGUCGGCCACCAGUGGGACCUCCUCCCACCUCAUCACCGUCUUUAAUUAGACCAUCUGCACCACCGCCUGGUCCAGCUAGAACUGGGCCCCAACCUCCAGUGAUUCAUGCCUCUCCUAACCAAGAAGGUAUCUCUGCACCUCCAGUGAGUGACGGCACAUCAGUCCAGAACAGCUACGAUACAAUCGAAGGUGGCGGAUACAUGGGUAUGGUUCAUCCAGCUCAGCCGGCUCCCCCCUCCCAGAAUCCUAAAAUGACAAGAGGUGUUGGUAACGCUUACCCCACAUUACCACCUGGCUAUCAGAAUGCAUUUCCACCAGGCGGCCCAGGGAUGGGGCCACAGCAAUAUCCUGGAAGGCCCCAACCAUUGCCUCAGCCUUCUACGGGGCCAAAUCAUUUAGCAUCAUCCCUUGGUGGCUUGAGCCUACAGCAGGCACAACAGUUAGAUGAGCUGAGGCCUGUUAACCUUCUGCAGGAGAGAAAUAUAUUGCCACCAACCCCAGUACAAGCUCCAACUCCCUGUCUGCAGGAUGAUCUCCAGAAGCUCAACUGUAGUCCAGAGUUGUUCCGUUGCACUUUAACGAACAUCCCUCAAACACAAGCUCUGUUGAACAAAGCCAAGCUUCCCUUGGGUCUUCUGCUUCAUCCAUUUAAAGAUCUGUCGCAAUUACCUGUGGUCACUUCAAGUACUAUAGUGCGAUGCCGCUCAUGUCGAACCUAUAUUAAUCCAUUUGUCAGCUUCUUAGACCAAAGGAGAUGGAAGUGCAACUUAUGUUACAGAGUAAAUGAUGUACCUGAAGAGUUUAUGUACAAUCCUGUAACACGGGUGUAUGGAGAACCCCACAAAAGGCCAGAGGUUCAGAAUGCAACAAUUGAGUUUAUGGCUCCUUCAGAAUAUAUGUUGAGACCCCCUCAACCUCCUGUGUACCUUUUCAUGUUUGAUGUAUCCCACAAUGCCAUAGAGACUGGGUACUUAAACACGGCUUGUCAGACUUUGCUCGACAAUCUAGACUGGCUUCCUGGUAAUGUAAGGACAAAAAUUGGAUUCAUUACAUUUGACAGCACGAUCCACUUUUACAGCCUACAAGAAGGGCUGUCCCAACCCCAGAUGUUAGUAGUGUCAGACAUUGAUGAUGUAUUUAUACCAAUGCCUGAAAAUCUGUUGGUGAACUUAAAUGAGUGCAAAGAGCUAGUCCAGGAUUUGUUGAAGAAUCUGCCCCAGAUGUUCACAAAGUCCUCAGAAACCCAAAGCGCCUUGGGACCCGCUCUGCAGGCUGCUUAUAAACUAACAUCACCCACUGGUGGACGUAUUUCAGUCUUCCAAUCCCAACUCCCAUCUUUAGGAGCCGGAGCACUAAAACCAAGGGAGGAGCCUAACCAAAAAUCCACUGCAAAGGAAAUCCAUAAUCUGACACCAGCAACAGACUUCUACAAGAAGUUGGCUUUGGAUUGUUCCGGUCAACAAAUAGCAGUUGAUCUGUUCCUUUUGAGUGGCAGAUACUCAGAUUUGGCUUCAUUGGGUUGCAUAUCUAGAUAUUCCGCUGGCAGUGUUUUCUAUUUUCGUGCCUACCACCACCAGCACAAUCCUGUUAUGGUGGAGAAACUGCAGAAGGACCUGAAGAGAUACUUGACUAGAAAGAUUGGCUUUGAGGCUGUCAUGAGGAUAAGAUGCACUAAAGGACUUUCUAUUCACACUUUCCACGGGAACUUCUUUGUCCGUUCAACAGAUCUGCUAUCUCUUCCAAAUGUCAACCCUGAUGCAGGAUACGCAGUACAGAUGUCUGUGGAGGAAAGUCUUACAGACACAUCUGUAGUCUCCUUCCAGUCAGCUCUACUAUAUACCUCCAGCAAAGGAGAACGGAGGAUCCGUGUGCAUACCAUGUGUCUGCCCGUUGUUUCUGCAUUAUCAGAUGUCUAUGCUGGGGCUGAUGUACAAGCAGUAACAGGACUUCUGGCGAAUAUGGCUGUUGACCGCUCAAUUACAUCAAGCUUGAGUGAUGCCAGAGAUGCUUUAGUGAAUGCAGCAAUUGAUUCUCUGUCUUCUUACCGCACUUCUGUGCUCACCGUACAACAGCCUGGUCUCCUGACUCCACACUCGUUGCGUCUUUUCCCUAUGUUUAUUCUGGCUCUCUUGAAGCAGAAAGCCUUCCAGACUGGGACAAAUGCUAGUCUGGAUGAGAGGACCUUUGCAAUGUGCCAGAUUAAGAAUCAACCAUUGGUGCAGCUUAUGCUGAUGACCCAUCCUAAUCUCUACAGAGUCGACAAUCUUACGGAUGAGGGUGCCCUAAACAUUAAUGACAAAACAAUACCCCAGCCGGCUAUACUUCAGCUGUCUGUGGAGAAGCUGAGCAGAGAUGGAGCUUUUUUGCUGGAUGCUGGCUCUAUAUUGUUGCUGUGGGUGGGACGCAACUGUGGACAGAAUUUCUACACCCAGGUUCUUGGUGUUGCUAAUUACCCUUCAAUGCCGCAGGAGAUGAAUCAGCUGCCUGAGCUUGAUACAGCUGAAUCGGCUAGAACUAUAGCUUUUAUUUCUUGGCUUCGAGAACAGAGACCUUUCUUCCCGACAUUACAUAUAAUCCGGGAUGAAAGUCCAAUGAAGACUACUUUCCUCCAGAACAUGAUAGAGGACCGGACAGAAUCAGCCUUAUCAUAUUAUGAGUUCCUUCUCCACCUCCAACAGCAAGUGAACAAAUAAAGCAUUGCACAGAGCAGACGGCGAGAAGAUUCCUCGAGCAGUAUCUCAUUGCUAAGCUGGUUAAUCUCCUCAUCUGCAUUGUGUAGUUUGUGGGCCUCAUAAGCUGUGCAUACACUGUGAUUUCAUUGAACGUAAUCUAAUUGGACACUUGGGGACUGAAUUGUGCAAGCACACUUGUCAUUUUAAAUGGGAUUUAACUAAGGAACCAUCCAGGCACCUCUUUCUGCAGUUUAGUGAAAUACUAACAAGUGAAUUGUUAGCCUUCACUGCCAGCUGGGUUUAUAAUGUACUGUUCUGAAAUCCUCAUUUUUCACCAAAAGGUCCUCGCAACAUUCAGGAGGAGAAAGACAUUUACUACAACAAAGCCAGAGAUUGUGUUUUGUUUUUUUUUGGUUGUUUUUUCAGAAUUUUAUUUUCCACGUUAGUUGGUUUGCUUUUCAUUUACUAAAAUAAUUUGGCUACUAGUUUUUAAUGUCAUCAAUACUAGACUAUGUUCAAGCUUCUAAAAUAAUUCUAUUCAAUGUCGCCCAAAAUCAUUGUUAAAAAAUCAGGGAAAGAUUUAUUAUUAUUUUAAUCUAACUGCAUAAAUGUGCUCCAUGCUAAGGACCAAAGUGAUACAAUGGCAUGCCGAUAUCAAGAAUUCACUAUCGAUGCAUCAGAGUGUUGCAUGUCAUGGUAGUAUCAUGCACCCGGUGCUCCGAUCAAGGAUAAUUUGAAUACAUCAUGACUAUGAAGGGUCUACAGGAACUCUAGUGUCUUAAAAUGAAGCAUUUUGCAUGCAAUCUUUUAAUAUUAUUUGCAGCAGUGGAUGGCUACUUUAAUUCUCAUUUUUAUGUUUUUAAGCACCAGGUCUCCAGUUGCUGACUUACUCAGUUUAAAAAAGUUCAAUUUACUGAAGUCCUUAAUGGCUUACACUAGUAACUUUAAUGUAAUGAAAUAUUCUUUUUUUUUUUUCAAAUGCCAACUAUCCACAGCAAUGAAAAUGAUUGUCGGAUACCUUUCUAAAGAAACCAUUUAUUUUCUUUAAAAUAAUCACUUUGGUUCUAGAUGAGAUGCACUUUUUAUUUGUGUGCUGUAUUGAUCAGCUUAGUAAAAAAUCGAUGGAUUAGAUUCCCUUAAAAAUGCAGUGUUUCUGCCGUCCCAGUGCAUGUUAAACAGCUGGCACAACCCUCUUUAUGACUCUAAUUUAUUGUGAAGUGGACAGAAAAUGUAUGUAAUAACCUAAUAGAUUUUUUUUUUUUUUUUAAUAAAAGGCACCUUUUAUUCUGGGAUUUCAUGUUAAUAAAGUUUUUAAAGAGUAA